CUGACAGCCGCCAUCACAUGGAUGCUUGUCCAUUACCUUGUCCCAAAAACUAUCAGCACUUGUCAGCCUCGCCUUCCUCUCUGCUCGCUGCAAAGUUGCCAGUUCUUGCUUCCCAAUUUGCAAGAGUGACGAAAAAGCCCAGCAAACUCUGCAUUGCUGCUGGAAGUGUCGGCCGGUUCAUUCUUCCUUUCUCUUUCGGACUUUUUGAGCGAAAAGUUACUUUUUCUCUGUCUCCUUCCCCCCCUCCCCCCCUCCUCUCCUUCCCACCUCCCUCCCUCCGUCCCUCACCUCAACAAGCAAACAACAUUGAAAGCAACAACAACAAAAAAACUCCAAAGCACUGCUCCCAAACACCAGGUUGAAUGUACAACAUGAUGGAAACCGAUCUCAAACCUCCCGCCCCGCAACAAACUUCGGGGGGAACAGGCAACUCGAACACGGCGGGGAACAACGCGAAGAACAGCCCGGACAGGGUGAAGAGACCGAUGAAUGCCUUUAUGGUUUGGUCGCGGGGCCAGCGGCGGAAGAUGGCUCAAGAAAACCCCAAGAUGCACAAUUCGGAGAUCAGCAAGAGGCUCGGGGCCGAGUGGAAACUUUUAUCCGAGGCCGAGAAGAGGCCGUUCAUCGACGAAGCAAAGCGGCUGCGAGCUCUGCACAUGAAGGAGCACCCGGAUUAUAAAUACCGGCCCCGGAGGAAAACCAAGACGCUGAUGAAAAAGGACAAGUACACGCUGCCGGGCGGCCUGCUGGCUCCCGGCGCUAAUGCCAUGAAUGCUGGAGUCGGGGUCGGCGUCGGGGCCGCGGUCAACCAGCGAAUGGACGGUUACGCUCACAUGAACGGCUGGACGAACGGGGGCUACAGCAUGAUGCAGGAACAACUCGGCUACUCACAACACCAGGGCCUGAACGCUCACAACGUGGCCCAAAUGCAGCAGAUGCACCGCUACGACAUGAGCGCGCUGCAGUACAACUCAAUGACCAGCGCUCAGACCUACAUGAACGGCUCGCCCACCUACAGUAUGUCCCCAGCCUACACGCAGCAAAGCACAGCCAUCGGCCACCAAAAAGCCCUCGGGAGAAGUUGAGAGACGCUGGAAGCCGUGUAAAAGCGUGUGAAGGGAGCGUUUUGCAGCAGAAUGUCGAGGGAUUUUUGCUCUAAUCCUGUUUCUGUAUUCCCAGCGGGGGCUGCAGAUUGAUUCUGCACAGUAGCGCACUUUGGAUAAACUCUGCGUUAGAUAUCAACUCUCGACAUCAGUCGAAUUCUCGAAGCUUCCAGUAAAGAAAGGAAAUACUGGCGCACGCAGUAAGGUUCUGAACCCUUCUCCAUCGUGAUCCCUCCGUAAACCACCAUGGGUUUGGAAACGUUUGGAGAGAGCGCGAAUGUUUUUUUCUGCUGCGUCAGAAUUAGUUUCAAUGUUGAUCGUGAUAACUUUAACUCUCCGUUACUGGAUGGGAAUAUAAACAUAGUAUUAUUUCAUUCAAGUAAAUUAUAAACCACGGUUUUGAUAAUUAUAUUUUGUGUUAGCUUGUACUAUAGUCAUUAAUAAAGACAAGCCGCAGUAUUCGCAGCUAUAUCUAUGUAAGCCAUUAUUACAACCUACCGUUUAGGUAAACAAAUGAAAGUAGCAAACAUCCAGUAUCAUGUCUGACCACACAUUUUGGCUCUAAAUUUCUUAUUAAAGUAAUGACAUAUUCGAUUUCACUAUUCAUGGUGAAAUUGAAUCUCGAUAUUUUAAAUGGAACAAAAGGAACCUGCACGAAGUUUUAAAAAUAUUUCGCACAUUCAGAGAGUGACAAUGUAUGACUUGUUUCGAAAGUCACUAAACAACCGUAAACCUGUUGAUGGUCAGUAAACGAAGGAUACACAAUAUGACUUUCUUUCAUAUUUCUCGUGUGCUUAAUAUUUUUGAACUGUAAUUUCUCAAAUGAAUCCAGAAUAUUGAUGAGAAGGGAAUAGGAAAAGUUUUCCAGCCACUUGAAAACUAGGUGGAGUUUAGUAACAGACAGAUACACUCACACUCACACUCACACACACAUACACACACACACACACACACACGCACACUCACACACACUCACACAUACACACACACAUACACACACACACACACACACACACACACACAAUUGUCCCGUUUUAAAUGCCCUGUUAAACAGAGGCCCGGGUUCUGCAUGGCACCAAUGGAAUUUGUGAAUUGCACAGCAUGUGAGAUGCAUAUAGGGAUUAUUCAUGUGGUGACGGUUGCAAUUGGCCACUCAUGUACAUAAGAAAGAACUGUUCUGAAUAUGGCCUUAGUGUUCCUGGCGUUCAUUUAAAAGGAACAGUUCGGGGUACCUCUUCAACAAUUAUGAUAUAAAUUAUACAUUGGGAGAGGUUAACUUCCAACUCUGACCGAAAUUGAUGCCAGUUUCCUAGUCAAAUAGAUGUUGGCGAAUUCGGUUCCAAAUCGGGUUCCAACAUAAAACUUUUAUUCAAUUGCCGUAAUACAAAUCACGAAUUGUUAGAAUGACACCGGGAUUACCCGAUUGCUUUGAGGUUCAUUGGCGCUUUCCUAUAUUUAACGGCUCGUUAAAUAUAGGUUUAACAUUCACACCAGAGAACAGACGGCAGGAUGAAAAAUCAACUCCCUUCUGAACAUUUACAUUGCAGUUUAUGCUGCAAUAUAAGUUCCAUGUUUUCCAGACCAAUCAAACAACGCAUUAGGAGCGAAGAAAAAUGUGUCUUUUUUGCAAUGGUUGCAUGAGGCAGACGGAUCAGGCGUCUCCCUGCGAAGCUGACACUGUUGUCAACGGUGUCAAACGCGCCUUUGCCGGACAGGGUCAGACAGCUUUGGUCAAAUUAAUUAUUGAUAAAAACCUAUAGAUGCAAUCCUGGAUAAACUAUUUUGAAGAACGUCCUACUCUAUUUCCCGCGCUCCCACCCUCGAUCUUUAAUGAGCGCCCAUAAAUGCAAAUAUAACAUAAAGAGUACUUUAAGCGCAUUUCAGAAGUGUUUCAAAACUAUAAUAUAAGAUUGAGGUUGACAAUAUAAUUAGAAAUAAUCCCUCGUUAAUGUACAGUUUCAGAUUUUAUAGUUUCCCGAAAUGUUGACAUAUUUUUCUUAUAUGUUUCUGUUUUCGUGGAAUAACUGCACCAUACACAAAUAUAUUUCGAUAUAAUGCUGGGGUAAUUGUUGGAUACGAUUACCCGACAAUAAAUACAUUGAAUGAGAAUAGAUAAGCUAACGGGACAUGAACUAAUAAUUACAAUGCUGCAUUAAAUCAUCUAGGAGGUCUCAAAUGAGACCUUUGUGUCCUGGUCCAUUGAGAGUUCCAGCUGACAGCAUUUUGACAGAAAAUAGCCUAAAACCUGCCUAGUGCCUCGGAGGGACAGGCAAUACCUCUUAAGUGGAAGUGUGAUGGGAUUCUCAUUUAAAGCUAUUACAACAAGGCAAUUAAAUGCCGCCGUUAUAGUAAAUGGGUUUAACUUUCAAUAACUCACCAACACUCGGAUGGAUCCGAAAAGGAACAAUAAAUAAAAGUCAAAUCAGAUUGUGCAGAUUUGCUGUUUAUCUAAGAGACUGGAAAUGGCAGGAAGGUGCACCUUGCAGCACGUCAACUGGGAAACGACACAAGAGCCCGAGGGGCUGAUUAUGGUGCAACAGGUGCCUCUUCGCCAUAAAAACCCCGAACGCCGUUUUCCUUCGAGUUUUUAUUUGUAUCUGUCGUCACCAGAGUUAGAUACUGCCGCUGUAAUUUAUAAAAUUAUAGCAUUCCCUUCAAAAAAUAUAUAUUAUCACAAUCGCUUCACUUCACCAACUGGUGACAGAACUGAUGUUAUAUUCAGAUUAAAAUAUCUUUCCUUAAGUUACAAUGACUGUGUAGUUAACCAACAGAGGAACUUCAAAUGCAUCGACGUUUAUUUUAUGUUUCUAAUUUGGAUCCCCAAGUAUGUUAGAUUAUUGCACUCCCUGAAGUUUAAAUACUCGAUUACAGCUAUCUGCCAGUAUAUCAUGUUGGUUAACUUUAACUGCAGAGAGCCCAUUCAAUAAAUAAUGGCGCAGACCAAGUUCAACCACGACUGUCGUAGCGACUUUCGUUAUGAAGCUAGUUUUGGCAGCUAUGGGGUUCUGUAAUUAAAAUAAACCCAUACACUUGUGCUCAUAGCAUUCCAUCAUUAAUCAGUUAUUGGCGGCCUUGGGUGCAAAUAUGGGGUAACAUUCCCCUCCACGGUGUGUGUCCGGUUGUAUCAGGGAUGAGGAGUUAUCUUUAAUUUGGUUUCAGAAAACAACCUUUAAAUAAACACCAGAAAUGGGACCGACCGCGACUCGAGAUAGUAAGUUAAACAAAUGAUUCAACUAUAGUUUUUUUUUUAAAGACUUUUUAGGCUAGUGGGUAAACAAUUGCAUUUUAUUUUGGUAUUAUAAUGGAUUUAGCAGCGCUUUUUUUUUCAAUUGCAAAACAAAUGGAAAAGAUGAAAAGGAUAGAUGGCCGCUUCAUGAGUCUGAGAAAAGUCGGCAAAGCUGGCAACGCGGCAGCUUCACAUCCUGACGUCAGCGCCCUUUGCGAGUUGGCUCCCAGUUUCCCACGGUUCAAAAUUUAGUAUUAUCCCCAACAACAUCCCACCCCCCACUCCCCGCUCCGCCCCACCUCAUCCCAUUCCGAUUGCUUUUACAACAUCUCAUUGGAUUUUUUUUUUAAUUGUCCUCGCUGGUGUUUACGUUGAGGGACACAUUUCUAGUGGGUGUAAAAGUUUAUUUUUGCUCAUCCUUUUGUUUAAUAGAAUCGCUAUAAACAAGACGCCAGGCUCUGUUUCUGAGAAUUGGCACGUUUUCUUCUUGAGAGAAAAAAAGAUAAAACAGUGCGCAUGGAAAGUUUUCAGUCAAUCCUGAGCCACACAUCGUCAGAUUCCACACUCCCCAAACAGCAGAGCCCGGGGACCUACGUUAUGGAUGGACUGAACUGUUCGUAGAUGGUUCAUCACAGACUCUAUCCUCUGGACUUUUGUUCAUUUUCACGCCAGCUAUUCGACAUUAACCCUCUGAGUGCCACAUUUCACCGGAUUCACACACUACAUCUGAAUAUCACCACCAGGCAACCAUUGCCGAUUGCUAUUUUAAUAUCAUAUUUUACUGUGUAGAAAUCUUUAUACGCGAUCACGUCGCUAUUUACUUAUUAUUAUAAAUUAAUACACAAUUCCUUUUUACAUCCGCUACCUGUCGCAGUCACAUCACUGUGUACUGACCAGCACAAGUGCGGGUGAAAGUAUCACGGAUUUUACCCUUUGCUGGCCUCUAUGUUUAGUUAUCCUAAUCGCGCCGCUUAAUUCUAUUGAAGUUCUAAAAAUAAAUUGUUACCAUUUUUUGCAA